UCGUCGCGGUGGUUUGUGAUGUAUGAAUGGAUAGUUGACGGAUUAUCGUCGCUCUUCGUGCCUUUUUCUGGUGGGAAAUCCGCAGCCUGGCCUAGUGAGCACGGUAACGGUAACGCGCGCGCCGCGGGCACAGAGAGCAGCAGGCCCACCAAACGUAACUAUCAAAGUGUGUACUCCGCCGAUGGUGUGGCAGAACAUCCAGAGAUCAAAAGAGCUAGACAUGAUGUGAUCAUCAGGGUUGUCAAGAAGACCUUCGCAGGGAUAGCUGGGUUGUUUCGUUCGAGACGCCACAGAAAUGGCGAAUAUGCAAAGCAGAGAUCCUUCACGCAGGUCAACAGAGUUGAGUUUAUGGGUAUUGAUGACAUACACAGCAACAGCCUGAGCACAUGGAUGGAAAACAGCAGGAUGGAUAAACACGUGGAAAUAGGGCUUAAAAAUAAAGAGAGAACAGCGCUCGGCAUUCACCACAACCCACAGGCCUUAAGGAAACCUGACGGAGGAAUGUUGUAUAAAGGAAGUCAGGACAGAGGCAGAGAGAUUCCUCAGCGCAGAUCUCUGAAUCUGAUGCCUUCCUGCACCACACACGAGCUCAACACUAAAGCCUGUGACAUGGAGUCCGCCGGCCGCACACACAGACCCUGCCUGACCGUCGAGGAGGCAUUGAGAGAGAGCGAUCGAGAGCAUUACAGGAUGCUUGUGGAAAUGGCCUCGGAGAAAUACUCCAAGAGUAAACCAUUGCCGUUUGGACGAUUUAAGCCUCCAAUCUCAACCUUCCCUCUUGACGGACAGAAGUCCUCUUCCUUUCGUCGUAACAUUGACAUAAGCAGACCUGCUCCAGUGAGAGUCAUUCCUAACAUGACUGUCUGGAGGGAUCCAAUAUCCCAGUCACAUAAUAAAGACAGAACGAUAGAUAUUAGUCGGAGCAUAUCAGGAAAUUACAUAAACGAAGGAGGUUCGGAUGGUAAAACCUCAAGAAACAUUCCUGUAGAUGUGGAUUUGUCUGCCGAGGUUGAAGCCAGAUUAAAUCUGAAGGAAAAAGAUGUAGCGGCAGGAUCUUUCUUACUGUCCAGACCUGACGAUAAACUCACUGAUAAACUGAGACAUGGUGAUGAAGAGUUUCCAAGACUCAGCAAGGACAUGCUGCAGGAGGUGAGCGCCGCUCUCGCUCCGUCUGAUCCAAACCUGGUUGUGUGUAGUGCUUUUAAACUGCGCAUCACACAGAGGGAUCUGGCAACCCUGCAGGAGGGCAGCUGGCUCAAUGAUGAGGUGAUCAACUUCUACAUGAACCUGGUGAUGUCACGCAGUGAACCGGACGGACCGGGCAGGAAGGUUUAUUCCUUCAGCACAUUCCUCUUUCCCAAGUUACACGGUGGUGGACACGCAGCAGUACGGCGCUGGACUAAAGCUGUAGAUCUCUUCAUGUUUGACAUCAUUCUGAUCCCCCUUCACCUGGGGGUUCACUGGGCCCUUGCUGUUGUUGACUUUAAAUCAAAGUCUGUGCGAUCGUACGACUCCAUGGGCCAAAGGCAUGAUGACAUCUGCAGUAUGAUCCUACUAUAUUUGAAGGAAGAGUAUAAAGUGAAGAAGGGCAAAGAUCUGGACAUCUCCAAGUGGACAGUGAGCAGUCUACGACCUUCCGAAAUCCCACAUCAGAAGAACGGAAGCGACUGUGGGGUGUUCGUAUGCAAAUAUGCAGAUUACAUCGCCCGAGGGCACAGCCUCACAUUCAGACAGAAUCACAUGCCGUAUUUCAGGAAAGCUAUGAUCUGGGAGAUUCUCAACCAGAGGUUGCUGCAUUCGUACUGACUGAAUCAAAAUGACCAAAGCACAGGACCACCGCCUGCUCUAGUGACAUUCGGCCUCCGUUAUAGCUUCCACACUGUUUUUAAACGGGACAGCGGAUUGCUGGUUUAUGCACCUGCUGUCUGAAUCCAAACACAUGAGAUGUGAGGCUACGAGCGGAAUGCUGGACUGGGGUGUGAAUGUGUGCGGCACGUGGAGCCCUUAUGAGUAUUUUUGUUUGGUUUUGUCGUCAUUCCAAGAAUGUAGUCUUAUCACCCCAUAUAGGUUUUUACUGUGAGCAUGUCCCAGUUCACAGAAGUAGCUAGAGACUUUCAUGACCAGGAUGAACGUCACAUGAUGGACAUUAUUAACCAUAAAGAUAUCUGUCAGGGUUAACCGUGUGAGUUUUUGUAGCAUUAACAUGUCUCUCUUUAGACCAUAUUUGAUUUAAGGAAUAGGUAAGGUAUUUAUUUAGUUUUGACGAGAUGAAGCGGUGUGUUAACUUAUGUUAGGACUUGUGUGUUUUGCAUCUUGAACACAGGCAUGGUUUCAUGUGCAUGCUGCUGACGGUACCUGCACUGAAGACGACAGUAUUCAGCGGAUCUGAAAUGUAUUUGGCCGCAAGUGCCUUGAUCUAAGAACAGCUUGUGUAUUUUUAAAGCUGUGGAAGUAACUUGAUGAUGAAUAUUACGACUUCAGUGCUAAUAUCCAUGCUUGUUUUAGGCCUGUGUGUAGGGACGGAGCAGAUUGCAUUGGUCUUGAUUUGGUUACUAAAUGCUAUAUUUAUAAUCGCUGUUGCUUUAUGAAACUUGUUUUUUGAUUGAACUGGAAAUGGGAAGCAGUGAUGUUGUGCCAAACGGACAGUUCAGAAGUUCAGUCCUCUCAUCCAGUGAUUCAGGAUCAAAAGUGCUUUAUUUCUCAUUUGAAGAGAAGAGAAAGGUCUAUUAUUUAUUUGUGUCCGUGUGGCUUUUUGAUGUUUGAUUGUUUAUGAUGUGGAAAAGUUUGGAUGAGCAGAGCGAUGGAUGUGAGCUUUCAUAUAGAAAUGAAAAGGACCGUUGCAAAUUUGCAGAUUUUGUCAUUAAUGCAGAAUGUUGGUCAUUAUUUUUGUAAGUAAUAAAGAUAUUAAAAGAA